CUACUUGCAUUCAUCUUCAACUUGUGUCUAACCUCUCUCUUAAUGACCGAUCGAGCCACUCGUGUCUAACCUCUCUCUUAAAUUGAGACCAACCACAAGCUACUUGCAUUCAUCUUCAACUUGUACGCACCUUCAGGAUAAUUAGUUGUGAAAGUUUGUACGUACGUAUUUCACUAACCAUACCUAAAUCAUCAUCGGUCAACGUCUAAAAUCUAAAUCAAUCAAGAUGGAAGCCGUGGGUCAUAGUGAGGCCGAGAAGAGGGUGAAAGAAUUUCAUGAAUCCAAAGCUGGUGUCAAAGGAAUUGUCCACUCUGGAUUGACCAAGAUCCCACCAAUCUUCGUACACCCUCCAGAGGAGUUGCAACGAAACAACAUGAAUCAUGAUUUCCGAGUUCCAAUGAUUGAUCUCAAGGGCCUUGAUCAGAGCACCGAGAGGCGAAAAGAAGUCAUCAAUGAGAUGAGCAAAGCAGCUGAAGCUUGGGGAUUCUUUCAGAUAGUGAACCAUGGAGUUCCACUUGAAGUUAUGGAGGAGGUGCUGAAAAGUGUUCGACGAUUUCACGAGCAGCCCCAUGAAACCAAGGUGGAGUGGUACUCGCGCGAUUUCAAGAAGAAGGCGUUCAACUACUUCAGCAACGGAGAUUUGAAGGCGUCGACUCAGGCUGGCUGGAGGGACAGUUUCUCCUGGCAGCUGCAGUUCCCAGAAGAUGAAGGCAACUCUCAAGCACUGCCUCAAGUCUGCAGAAGGGAAAUUGUCGAGUACGGUAAGCACAUGACUCAACUACAAGAGAAGCUCUCUGAAUUAUUGUCCGAAGCUUUAGGUCUGAGCACUGACUACCUUUCAAGCCUAGGGUGCUUUAAGUCGACAUCACUGGUUGGCCACUAUUACCCGGUUUGCCCAGAGCCCCAUCUAACUUUAGGCGCAAGCAAGCACUCGGACAUCUCCUUUCUCACUCUGCUCCUUCAAGACAGUGUCGGUGGCCUGCAAGUGCUUCAUCAAAAUGUUUGGGUGGAUGUGCCACCAGUGCAAGGAGCUUUGGUAGCAAAUCUAGGCGACUUGAUGCAGAUCACUAGUAAUGACAAGUUCAAGAGUGUGGAGCACAGAGUUUUGGCAACCAGGACCGCGGAACCCCGAACAUCAGUUGCAUGUUUUUUCAGUGCAGAGGACAAGCUCAAACCAUUUGGGCCGUUCAAGGAGCUUGUUUCCGAAACCCAUCCCCCAAUUUACAGAGACAAUAUCAGUUUUGGAGAAUACAUGGCAUAUUAUAGGCUCAAGGGGCAAGAUGGAAACUCUUCUCUGCCUCGGUUUAGACUCGUGCAUUAAUAUAUCUACAAAAUUGUUUUUCAGUAAUAAUGUAUUCCCCUUCUUCAGUUUGGCAUUGGGUAAUAAAUGGGUUUGUUACGUAAGCUUAGCAUAAA